GUGGCCCGGCUACUUGUGUCCCUUACCUGCCCUCAAGGGCGCUUUGUGACCAAACCACAGCACUGUGAUGUGGGCAUGGGGCUUGUGUCUGCAAGUACACACCCAGGGCUCAGUUGCCUGAGGGCAGCAGUGCGAUCGGUCACUAACUCUCAGGGCUCAGUUACCUGAAGGCAGCAGUGCGAUCGGACGCUAAUGCUUUUCAGAGGGAAGAGAUGGAGAAUUAUCUCUUCCCUCAGGAAUUCCUUACUGAUGGUUGGCUGAGCUCCAGUCCCACAUUCUGGGCAGUUAAUGCCAUCCUUGCCUUCGUAUGUGGACUGGGGCUCUUCGUCUUCUUACUUUCCUAUUUCCAGCCUGAUCCAUCCUCACCACCAGGCAAGAGACACAGGAAGAGCAGGAAGUACCAAGUGGAGCCACAGAGAAGGAGCAACAGAAGCAAGAAACAUCAGACCCUGAAAGGUUUCAGAAAAUUUCUGGAUUAUCUCAAAGAGUUUCAAGACCUGUUCUCCCUCCUGCAAAGCUGCCUGGUGAGGCUCUCUGACCAGGGGGGCUUUCACCGCUUCUUACAUCAAGCAGCCCCUGGGCAGGUGCGCCGAGGGGUGCCAGCUGGAGCCCAUCAGCCAUGCAGGGAGCUUGUGGAAGAUGCUGAUCCCACCGUGGCCCCAUCACCUGCCCUAACUCCACUGACGGGGUCCCCUCGGCCUCUGGCCUCCACCCUGCCAGCGGGACCAAUGACCUCAAUUUCUGUUGCUUCACACUCCUCCCUGAGUACUUCCUGGCUAGCGGAGCCUUUCCUCCCCCCGGAUGGCUUUUCACACCAGCCACUUGCUCUUCCCCCUUCCCCGCCAUGUCUCCCUCCUUCGGAGGCCUCUCCUGGGCCUCUGAAAGCCUCCUUGGCCCCAGAGCAGCCGGACUCUCCUUUGACUCUCCCUCAGUGUGACUCAAGGGCACCCCCACCAUGCCCCAUCCCACAGAGUCCGGCUCCACACACACCUUGGCCAGCUGACAGGUCAGCUUCUCCUGUCCCAGCCAUCUUGGGCCUGGGCCGCUCACGCUGCCCCAUUUCGGCCCUGUCCUGGUGGCAGGCGCCUGCCAAUGCCUGGAACCUGUCCACCUCAACAUGCUUGGAGUCCCAUCAAGCGCCUCUGUCCCAUGGCCCACCAGAGGCCUUGUUCUGGGGAGACCCCACACACAGACAGGAAGAGACUAGCAUUCCCCCUUCCAUCAACCCGGAUGUCCAGAAGCUUCUGGAGAUACUCACUGCCAAGAGAAAAGAACUGAAGUUUUGGAGGGAGAAGGAAAAGAAAGAAAGGUCAAAAUACCAGCUGACCUCUUUCGGGAGAACGUUCAAGUCCCCAGGUGAUGGGCAGGACACCAUGGGCUGCCCGUCCUUCUGGAGCAUGAGUGGCAAAGCAAAACAGCUGCUCAGUCCUGACAAGCCCCCACGUCCCAAGAUUCCAAGGGACAAUUUGGAGCAGAAAUGCCUCCAGCUCUUCUGGGGUCUCCCCUUUCUGCACAGCGAGUCCCUGAUGGCCACUGUCAGGGUGACCGAUCCCCCACUGGAGUUCCCCUCUGUCAUAUUCAAUGAGCUCUCUCAUGCCUUGCCACUCCAGAUUCAGGGCAAUGUGGCUCCACGCCUCUCCCUGACCCACGACUUACUUGACCCUUUGGCCCGGCCCCAAUCCUUGACCCUGAGAUUGUCCCAGUCCCUGCCCCUGCCUCUGGCUCAGCCCCAGCCCCUCCCUCUGACUCAGCCCCAGCCCCUCCCUCUAACUCAGCCCCAGCCCCUCCCUCUGGAUCAGCCCCUGCCCCAGGCCCUCCCUCUGACUCAGCCCAAGCCCCACCCUCUGACUCAGCCCCAGCCCCUCCCUCUGGACCAGCCCCUGCCCCAGCCCCUCCCUCUGACUCAGCCUCAGCCCCUCCCUCUGGAUCAGCCUCAGCUCCCACCUCUAACUGAGCCCCAGACCCAGGCAAGCCUUGCACCCUCUGUCCCAGUGGGACCCUCUUCUCUACCACUGGAGAUGGGUAGCUGCGAGGUGUCUUGCCCUGUAGCCCAGAAGACAUGGUCUUACAUGUCAUCUGCUGUUCAAAACCUGGAAUGUCACUUUCUGGAGAAGCAACUAGAAAGGGGCAAGUUACCCCCUGUGGUGAAAAGAUCUCAGGAAGUCUUUAGCCAAGGUCCUCCUGACCUUCCCCAGGGUGGCCAAGCCCCCGAGGGCCACAGGUCAGUCUCUGUCCUUCCUGGAGAAUUGAUCGACUCUGAGCUCUGUGAGCAACCAGACUGGCACCUUUGGAAGAGGCUCAUGAAGCAAGAAAUGGACCCUUCCUGCAGGGUCCACCUGAACAUACAGCCUCACCAAGAGUUCCAGAAGGUGCCCCAGGCACACAGCUGGCACAGUCCCACAUCUGAGUCUGAGUCUACGGAUGGAAGCUGCCAGGCCACACAGAAGACUGGGUCCAGGUACCCAGGAACGACUGUGCCAGGAAAAAGACUGGGCAAGGAUUCAAGCUCCAGUGCAGGGAGGAUCUGGAAAGAUCUACACAGGGGCGCAACAGGCUCUCCAGAGAAGGCUCCAGGAAGAAAUCGUGAGGAGUCAGACACAGACUUGAAGCCCUCCACAAGCAGCGCAGAAAAGAAGCGCCCAGAGAAGGACCUGAGAGCCCAUUUCAGGAAGUUGGGGCAGUUCAGAGAGGGUCAGAUGCCUUUGGAUGUUCAACCUUCCAGGCUCGCUGCCCACCACGCCUCGGACCUUCCCGGAAAGCCAAGCCCUCAUGGGAACCCUGGAAAGCCAGUGCUUUCCAAGUGUUGGGAAUCCUCCCAUGAUAUUUCCAUCCUCAGUCCAUAUGCUCAGCGGAUGCUAGAAGCACAUAUCAUAAGGCUCAGGGUGAAGCACCGGUGGGGCCUCCCCCUCAAGGUUCUCAAGACUAUAAACCUCUUCAAGUUGAAGAAGGGCUUCCUCCUCUCCCAGUCCUUCCCACCCCGCUCAGCAACCUGCGUAUCCAAGGCCGGCUCAGGCACCAAGUUCUUGGGAAAUCCUCCUCAGCCCUAUCAAGGAGAGGUGAUGAAAGAGUCUUACCCCACCUGGGGGGGGGCCCUCAGUGUUCCCCAGCCUACGUGUGAGGAAAUCCAGCAGGCUCUGGAAGGGUCCUCACCUGGGGGUGGUCCUCUGGCUGGACAGGGGGCCAGUCCACCUUCUCGGACCUCCACAUACGGCUUUGUGGGUAGAAUCUGGCACAGUGAAACUCCCUCUAGGACUCUUAUGAACAGCAACUUGGAGUCAAGUCCAAGUCCAGCAAUGGCCACAAAGGAGCCAAGGAGGGUGAAUGGGGGUCAGGCCUCACGGGAUGUGACCGUGCUAGAGCUCAACUUAGAGCCCCAGGAUUUGAGUGCCAAAGAGCCCGGGGAGGUGGGAGAGGUCAAGGAGACCCCUGCCUGGGGAGUCACCUUAGAACCCCGUGUGCUGGCCAACAACCAAGGCCUCCGUGGCAAGGGGAGAAGAUCAGGGUCUUCAGGGAAAAGUGACAGCCCCCUGCAACAUACAAAGUUGGUCGUCCGAGACCCCGAAGAGCUAUGCCUUGAGGCAUGGCACAGGAGAUCAGAGCCCCGGAAGUUGAUGGAGUCAGAGAACCAGCCUUGUGAUCCCACCCCCACCAUAUUCCUCCAAGACUGUGAAACUGGGGUCCUCCUUCAAGACUGUGCGACUGAGAGUCUCCUUCAAGACUGUCAGUCCAACAUGUUCAUCGCUGCCGACAUCUUGGCUUCUCAGGGAUCUCUGUCUGGCUUCCAGAGCGGGUCCAGUGAAGACACAUCUACUUCCCAGGUGCUUCAUGGCCAAAGAUCCCAUGGCCAGAGCCCCUACAGGCAGCCAGGACACCUGGGACUGCAGCACCAAUGUAAGAGCCCGAGCAGGUCACGGAUCACCCCCAAGGAGAGAGAGAGCUCCAGGAGGUCCCCCUUGAGAGCGCCUGCCAAAGAGCUGUCCGAACUGAAGCUCCUCCAGAUCAGUGAGGUGAAACACCCAGUCCAGAGCAAGGAGUCAGGAGAGGCCUCGGGAAGCAAGGCCUGUGAGAUCUUGCUGAAGAAGGAAGAGGCGCCGCCGGAAAGCUACUUCAGGAGAAGGAUGACGCACUUGUUCCAGUGGUUCUUUCCCAGUAGAGGCAGAGGACUGGAAAAUUCCCUUCAAAAGGGCAAGCCUUCAUCAUCCCAGGGCCGGAGACAAGUCAUGGGCAGGUCAGCCAUGGAGAGAGCUUCUGCCGAGGCUCAGGUGGUCGUGAGGGCUGUGGAGCGGAUCCUAGAGGAGAAAAUGUUGCCUUACCAGGGACUCAGGGUCCCGGAGGUAGGCCGGUGCAAAAAGGAUCUCCAGGCUUCGGGAGACCCCAAUGUCUCCUACCACAGGGUUCUCUCUUACCAAGAGCAGAGGAGAGUGAUGAGGGAGACAGCCAGUCCACAGGGCACCCCCAGGGGACACAACUAUGCCAACAAGACCGAGUGGAUUGGGUGGCCCUUCCCCACCAGGGUGCCAGAGUGCCCAAGCAGACCCUGCCAGAACCGGUCCCUGGUGCCGGGCCCUUCAGGCCGCACCCUUCAGGCCCACUGCCCCAGGCACUGCCUCCUUCAAAGAGACAUUUCACCUGGCCAGCCACUGCGUGCUUCUCAUGCCUUUCCUGGCAGGACAAAUUUCCUCCAAGAAAAAACACAAACGAUGCAAAGAAAAUCUUUUUUUUUCUCACAUUAGCACAUCUUCUAUGGGCUAAUAUCUUCUCCGUGCCACAAUUACUUUGCUUCCCCAAAAUAAAUGUUUUGUUUUUUUUUUCCCCUCAUGAGUGGUGCUAGCCUCUGUGUGUGCCCUGCUGUGAUGGGAGGGAAGGAUCAGGGUCUGCUCUCCCCAAGGACCUGCUUUGGCUUCCAGAAUGAAUGGGGCCUUGGAGGACAGGUUAUCUCGGGGUCCACCCCCGCCCCCUUCCUCCUUCUCCUUCAGUUUCCACGACAAGGUG